GGUAAAUUGCGGGAAGCAGUGUGUGGGUGAAGCCCUAAAACCGUGAUUGAGAAGGUGACUUGAGAGAGAGAGUAGAGUAGAGAGAGAGCAGAGAUCAGAGAGCAUAGAGAGACUUAUGGCGGCGGUUUCUUCACCGGAAACCGUUCCGUUACCCUCGUCGGACUUCGCUUCGCUUCCGGUUGUGGCGAUGAAGAGGAGAAUCAUCGUCGAGAAUCGCGUCACCCUCAUCGUCGGCGACCAGGGCUGCGGGAAGAGGAGAGAUCUUCCGAUUUGGCUGCAGAAGGAUGAGUUUCUCCGGACUUUGAACUCUAAUCAGACGCUCAUACUCGUCGGAGAAACUGGGAGUGGCAAAACUACUCAGAUUCCACAGUUUGUUUUAGAUGCCGUGGUGGCUGAGAACACAGAUACGCGUAAGAAAUGGUUGAUCGUCUGCACGCAGCCUCGAAGAGUUGCUGCAAUGUCUGUGUCUCGUCGUGUUGCUGAUGAAAUGGAUGUGACCAUUGGAGAAGAAGUCGGUUACAGCAUCCGUUUCGAGGACUGUAGUAGCUCUCGUACCAUGCUUAAGUAUUUGACUGAUGGUAUGCUGCUGAGAGAGGCAAUGGCGGACCCGCUUUUAGAGAGAUACAAAGUUAUUGUCCUCCACGAAGCUCAUGAAAGAACUCUGGCCACGGAUGUGCUGAAAGUCCCUGGUAGGCUUCAUCCAGUGGAGAUCUUCUAUACGCCGGAGCCUGAGAGGGACUAUCACGAGGCUGCUAUAAGGACCGUUGUUCAGAUUCACUUGUGCGAGCCACCUGGAGAUGUCCUUGUGUUCUUAACUGGAGAGGAGGAGAUAGAAGAUGCCUGCCGUAAAAUCAAUAAAGAGGUCAGUAAUCUUGGAGACCAAGUGGGGCCGAUCAAAGUUGUGCCGCUGUAUUCUACUCUCCCACCUGCGAUGCAGCAGAAGAUUUUCGACCCUGCACCAGAGCCCUUAGCAGAAGUUGGCCCUGCUGGUAGAAAGAUUAUCGUCUCGACCAACAUUGCUGAAACAUCUUUAACCAUUGAUGGGAUUGUUUAUGUUAUCCGUGUUGAGUCAUUGCUGGUAAUAUUGGCUACAAAUAUUGCGGAAUCUUCAGUGACGAUACCCAAAGUAGCCUAUGUCAUCGACUCGUGCCGGUCUCUGCAAGUGUUCUGGGAUGCAUCCAGGAAAAGAGAUGCAGUGCAGCUUGUUUGGGUCUCCAAAUCUCAGGCUGAGCAACAUAGAGGGAGGACAGGUCGAACAUGUGAUGGUGAGGUGUAUCGCCUGGUGCCGAGUGCGUUCUUCAACAAGCUUGAAGAGCAUGAGCCCCCAGCUAUACUUAAACUGUCAUCGAGACAACAAGUUCUCCAUACGUGCUGCACAGAUUCCAGAGCCGUUAUUGACGCAAACGGGAAGAGGAGAGAUCUUCCGAUUUGGCUGCAGAAGGAUGAGUUUCUCCGGACUUUGAACUCUAAUCAGACGCUCAUACUCGUCGGAGAAACUGGGAGUGGCAAAACUACUCAGAUUCCACAGUUUGUUUUAGAUGCCGUGGUGGCUGAGAACACAGAUACGCGUAAGAAAUGGUUGAUCGUCUGCACGCAGCCUCGAAGAGUUGCUGCAAUGUCUGUGUCUCGUCGUGUUGCUGAUGAAAUGGAUGUGACCAUUGGAGAAGAAGUCGGUUACAGCAUCCGUUUCGAGGACUGUAGUAGCUCUCGUACCAUGCUUAAGUAUUUGACUGAUGGUAUGCUGCUGAGAGAGGCAAUGGCGGACCCGCUUUUAGAGAGAUACAAAGUUAUUGUCCUCCACGAAGCUCAUGAAAGAACUCUGGCCACGGAUGUGCUGAAAGUCCCUGGUAGGCUUCAUCCAGUGGAGAUCUUCUAUACGCCGGAGCCUGAGAGGGACUAUCACGAGGCUGCUAUAAGGACCGUUGUUCAGAUUCACUUGUGCGAGCCACCUGGAGAUGUCCUUGUGUUCUUAACUGGAGAGGAGGAGAUAGAAGAUGCCUGCCGUAAAAUCAAUAAAGAGAUGAGAACUCAGUUUGCAACAUCUGACAAUGGCCAUGGAGCAAUCGAACCUGAUGAUUACAGUAAGGAUCGAGAGGUGCCAGUGUGUGUGUCUGACCAGUGCACGUUCUCUCACACUCUUGAGUCAACAAGACCAGCCUGCUCUCAGGCACUCGCUGUUAGCUUGUCUGGUGGUUCUUCUUCCUCCAAGCCACGUGAAGAUAAUAAAAAGAAGAGGGAAGCUAGUAAAGAUGGAGCUGACAGAAAGAGAAGAAGGAUUGAAGAAGAAGAAGAGGAUUCGAGCUCUGAACAAGAUGAUCCCCAGGAACAAGAAGAGAAAGGCGAUCCCCAGGAAGAAGAAGAAGAAGAAGAGGAAGAGGAAGAAGAAGAGGAAGGUCAUGAUGAUAAGAUUGAUAUAUGGUGGGACCUGGAAAACCAGCCAGUUCCCACCGAUAUGGCAGCUAGAGAGGUGUGUGACACCAUCCGUAGAAGAAUGACUGAACUGGGCUUUAACGGCAGAGUUAAAAUGCAGGUUGUGGUUGCUUACAAAGACUCCAUAGUGCCUACUAAAGUGAGUAAAGACGAAGAUGUUACAGUCCAUCGUGCCAAAAACUUUAAGAGACCUAAAAGAAAACGAAUCUACGAUGAAGAUGGAAAAAGGAUAAAAAGAGUGCCUGAUCAAGUUGCAGAUGAUGAGAUCAAAAGGAGACUUGAUAUUUGGCUCAAGAAAAAACCCCACCGGCCCCGAAGAAGGAUAUUUUUGUUUAGUGGGGAUAAGGGUUUCAGUGACUAUGUGGACCGUAUGGUAGAUGCUGGUCACCGUGUGUACGUGUGUAAGUCUGAUAGGGAAGAGUCGCAGGUACUCAUUGCUCGAGUAGAAAGUUAUUGGGAUUAUAGAGGAUUUCUCUAUCUUGCACCCAAGGAGUUUACUUGUCGUGAGAGUAAAGCUCAGUAUAAGUUGGAAAAGGAGAGGGAAAAAAAGAGGAAGAAGAAGCAUCGGAAGGAGGAGGGAAGGAAGGUGAGAAAGAAGGCUGGUGAAGCUGCUGCUGAGGCUGAAGGUGAUGAUGAGGCUGAGGUGGAAAAGAAGACGGAAAGAAAGAGGAUGAAGAAGCUUAGGAAGGAGAAGAGGAGUGAGAGAAAGGCGGCUGCUGCUGAGGCUGCUGCUAAGGCGGCUGCUGAGGCUGCUGCUAAGGCGGCUGCUGAGGCUGAGGGUGAUGAUGAGGCCGAGGUGGAUAAGAAGACGGAAAGAAAGAGGAUGAAGAAGCUUAGGAAGGAGAAGAGAAGGAGUGAGAGAAAGGCUGCUGCUCAGGAAGGAGAAGAGAAGGAAUGAUCUUUAGGUUGCUGAUUUGAUUUUAAAAAUAUCUUUGUGUACCUCAAGGAGACCGAAGGAAGUACCAUGAUGAUGUCUCUGUGAUGAUUGUGUCCCUUGAAGGAAGGAUUUGGCGGUCGUCUGGACAAUAUUAUCCAGAGAGAAAACAAAAAUUCAAUAGAUGAAUUAACAACAAUCAACAACAACAACCAAAAAUUAGGAUUUCUUGUAAUUGGCUUUAUUGUUCUCAAACAAUCUUUUCAGUUUCCAGAAGUAAAAGAAAAGAAAAAGAAGGCUUGAUUUUUCUAUUUCUAUGAUUUUCAACAGAAGAUGAAUCAAAAAUGUUGUAUAUUUAUGUUUUGGUACCCAAAAAUUUCAGAAUGUCAUCAAAUGAUCUAAACAUUAAUCAAAGUCAACUUGUGGAC